CACUUGAACCCUAAAACAGUAAAAAAUGAAGGGGACGGCCUCUUCUUCUAAUAUAUAACACCUCUGCAACACAGUUUGAGUGAGACCAGUGUGGCUGAGAGAGUUGAGGUUAGUUGAAAGAAACAAUGGCAGGUCACAACGUUGUGCUUCUGGACGCAACAUUUAGUAUGUUUUCGAUGAGGGCUAGGAUUGCUUUGGCUGAGAAAGGCAUAGAGUAUGAGAAAAAGGAACAAGAUUUGGCAAACAAAGGACCUGAGCUUCUGCAGAUGAACCCUAUUCACAAGAAGGUUCCAGUUUUGGUUCAUAAUGGGAAGCCUAUUUGUGAGUCUCUGAUAAUUGUUCAGUACAUUGAUGAGGUUUGGAAGGACAAGGGGAAUCCAUUGUUGCCUUCUGAUCCUUAUGCCAGAGCUCAGGCUAGGUUCUGGGCUGAUUUUGUUGAUAAGAAGGUGGCUGAUGCUUCAACUAGGGUAUGGACAACGAAAGGGGAAGAACUUGAGACAGCAAAGAAGGACUUCAUAUCUGCAUUGAAGCAGCUAGAAGAAGAGCUUGGAGACAAGCCUUAUUUUGGAGGUGAAGACUUUGGAUAUGUGGAUCUUGCUCUCAUACCUUUCUACAGCUGGUUUUAUGCCUAUGAAACUCUUGGCAACUUCAAAACAGAGGAGCAUUGCCCUAAGUUCAUUGAAUGGGCUAAAAGGUGCAUGCAAAGAGAGACUGUGUCUAAGUCUCUUCCUGAUCCCAAUCAAAUCUAUGAAUUUGUUUGAUCUUGAGGAAGAAGCUUGGUGUAGACUAAAUAAAUGAGGCAGAGAAGGGUUUGUUUUGUGAAAGGAGUUUCCUUGUUGGGUUUGAAUAAGCGACCUUGAGUGGGUCCGUUGUUGCGCUGUACAAUGGACACUUUGGGUGUGGCUUUGGAAUGUGUUAUCUGUCCUUUACUGUCACUUGUAUGUUUGUCAGUUCUUUUGGUAAAUCUAUCAGGCUGCGUUUGGGUUUCA